AUGUUGCCUAUGUUGACUAGACAACAUGUCAUACCUACAGAAAUUCCGAAAAUGAAAGUUAGAAAUGCUGCUCAAGUGUUUAGCCAACGAGUUUCAUCCAUUAUGGCAUUCUUAGCAACUCAAAAUAUUCUUGGAGAUACAGCUGGAGAUACUGCAAAAUUUUGUUUAUUUUUUGACAAAUUAUUCGACUCAGUUAAUGGAAACUUUGAUAAAGUAGUUGAUGGAAAGAUUUAUAGAACAGGAGUAAAAAUUCUCCUCAUCACAAAUUGUGGGAAGAGUCUUUGA